ACCAGCUCACAGGCAGUGCAUUAUGGGAUCUGUAGUAUAGGUGGGUGAAUAGGCUGUUUACUACUGGGCCAGCUCUAGUAGACCUUUAGAAUUAACUGAUGGGCUAAAUUUGACCCGCGGGUCUGAGUCUGACACCUGUGCUGUCAUUUGUCCACUUUAACCUGUUUGGAUUCUGUUCUGACUCGGUUUAACUGCUCUGUCUGCAGAGUCUCAGAGCUGCUGGGUGUUGGUGGACUGACUGCAGCUCAUUAGCAUACAUCACAGUUCCUCUUUGGCUGUUCAUGCUCAGGAAAUGACAACAGUUUGUACAAAUAAGCGGCAAGUGUUGGUGUGAAGAUCUUUCUUUAAUUCAAUCACAAAGAGGAAAUAACAUCACUACUUUCAGAUCUGCAGCAGAGAAAAGUCUCUCAGUGUUCAGCAGCUAACAGAAGGACAAGAGAUGUUGGGUCUGGUUCUGGAACUAGUUCUGAUCGUUGUGCUUCAGUUUGAAGGGACCAGUGGAGUAGAACUUCAUCUCUAUCACAGAGCUGGAGAUGAUGUUGUUCUACCUUGUAGAAGUCCUUCAUCUUCUUACUCGUGCUCCAUUGUUACCUGGUUAUACAGCAGAGAUACAAGCACAAGCUUUUCAUUGGAGUUUAAGGAUGGAAAAGUUGUUGAGAGUUCACCUCGAGCUGCCAGGUUAAAUGUGGACAGUAACUGCUCUCUGAUCAUCAACAACAUCACUGCUGAGGAUGCUGGAGGUUACUUCUGUGGACUUGGUUCAGGAAACACCUAUGAUUUCACCGUGCUUCUGGAUGUUUUGACCAUCUCUCCAUCUCCACCAGAGGAUGAUCCAACAAAGGAUGGAGAUGUCACAUUAAACUGUUCUCUGGAGAGAUUCAGUGGGUUGGAUCCGUGUCCAGAGAACAGCCUCCUCUGGGUGGAUGAGACAGGAACUGGGCUGACUGGUGAAGGUGUUGGGUUCAAGUUAGGACCAAGGAGAUGUGCUUCCUCUCUAACUGUGCAGCAUCAGAGUGGCACCAACAGAACAUACACCUGCCGGUUUGUUGUAGAGAACAGCGUGAAGGUAGAAGCUCACUACACUGCUGUGUUUAAAGGGACCAGUGGAGUAGAACUUCAUCUCUAUCACAGAGCUGGAGAUGAUGUUGUUCUACCUUGUAGAAGUUCUUCAUCUUCUUACUCGUGCUCCAAUGUUGACUGGUUUUACAGCAGAGAUCCAAGCACAAGCAUUUCAUUGGAGGUUGAGGAUGGAAAAGUUGUUGAGAGUUCACCUCGAGCUGCCAGGUUAAAUGUGGACAGUAACUGCUCUCUGAUCAUCAACAACAUCACUGCUGAGGAUGCUGGAGGUUACUUCUGUGGACUUGGUUCAGGAAACACCUAUGAUUUCACCGUGCUUCUGGAUGUUUUGACCAUCUCUCCAUCUCCACCAGAGGAUGAUCCAACAAAGGAUGGAGAUGUCACAUUAAACUGUUCUCUGGAGAGAUUCAGUGGGUUGAAUCCGUGUCCAGAGAACAGCUUCCUCUGGGUGGAUGAGACAGGAACUGGGCUGACUGGUGAAGGUGUUGGGUUCAAGUUAGGACCAAGGAGAUGUGCUUCCUCUCUAACUGUGCAGCAUCAGAGUGGCACCAACAGAACAUACACCUGCCGGUUUGUUGUAGAGAACAGCGUGAAGGUAGAAGCUCACUACACAGCUGUGUUUAAAGGGACCAGUGGAGGAGAACUUCAUCUCUAUCACAGAGCUGAAGAUGAUGUUGUUCUACCUUGUAGAAGUUCUUCAUCUUCUUACUCGUGCUCCAUUGUUGACUGGUUUUACCUCAGAGAUAAAAUCACAAGCAUUUCAUUGGAGGUUAAGGAUGGAAAAGUUGUUGAGAGUUCACCUCGAGCUGCCAGGUUAAAUGUGUACAGUAACUGCUCUCUGAUCAUCAACAACAUCACUGCUGAGGACGCUGGAGGUUACUUCUGUGAAUAUUCAGGAAUCCUCUAUGAUGACAGUCUGUUUCUGGAUGUUUUGACCAUCUCUCCAUCUCCACCAGAGGAUGAUCCAACAAAGGAUGGAGAUGUUACAUUAAACUGUUCUCUGGAGAGAUACAGUGAGUUGGAUCCGUGUCCAAAGAACAGCCUCCUCUGGGUGGAUGAGACAGGAACUGGGCUGACUGGUGAAGGUGUUGGGUUCAAGUUAGAACCAAGGAGAUGUGCUUCCUCUCUAACUGUGCAGCAUCAGAGUGGCACCAACAGAACAUACACCUGCCGGUUUGUUGUAGAGGACAGCGUGAAGGUAGAAGCUCACUACACUGCUGUGUUUAAAGGGACCAGUGGAGAACUUCAUCUCUAUCACAGAGUUGGAGAUGAUGUUGUUCUACCUUGUAGAAGUCCUUCAUCUUCUUACUCGUGCUCCAUUGUUGACUGGCUUUACCUCAGAGAUCCAAGCACAAGCAUUUCAUUGGAGGUUGAGGAUGGAAAAGUUGUUGAGAGUUCACCUCGAGCUGCCAGGUUAAAUGUGGACAGUAACUGCUCUCUGAUCAUCAACAACAUCACUGCUGAGGAUGCUGGACUUUACACCUGUGAACCUGGUUCAGGAAUCUUCUAUGAUGACAGUCUGUUUCUGGAUGUUUUGACCAUCUCUCCAUCUCCACCAGAGGAUGAUCCAACAAAGGAUGGAGAUGUUACAUUAAACUGUUCUCUGGAGAGAUACAGUGGAUUGGAUCUGUGUCCAGAGAACAGCCUCCUCUGGGUGGAUGAGACAGGAACUGGGCUGACUGGUGAAGGUGUUGGGUUCAAGUUAGAACCAAGGAGAUGUGCUUCCUCUCUAACUGUGCAGCAUCAGAGUGGCACCAACAGAACAUACACCUGCCGGUUUGUUGUAGAGAACAGCGUGAAGGUAGAAGCUCACUACACUGCUGUGUUUAAAGUCUCUCCAUCUCCACCAGAGGAUGAUCCAAGAAAGGAUGGAGAUGUUACAUUAAAAUGUUCUCUGGAGAGAUACAGUUGGUUGGGUCCGUGUCCAGAGAACAGCCUCCUCUGGGUGGAUGAGACAGGAACUGGGCUGACUGGUGAAGGUGUUGUAUUCAAUUUAGGACCAAGGAGAUGUGCUUCCUCUCUAACUGUGCAGCAUCAGAGUGGCACCAACAGAACAUACACCUGCCGGUUUGUUGUAGAGAACAGCGUGAAGGUAGAAGCUCACUACACUGCUGUGUUUAAAGGGACCAGUGGAGGAGAACUUCAUCUCUAUCACAGAGCUGGAGAUGAUGUUGUUCUACCUUGUAGAAGUCCUUCAUCUUCUUACUCGUGCUCCAAUGUUAACUGGUUUUACAACAGAGAUACAAUCACAAACUUUCCAUUGGAUGUUGAGGAUGGAAAAGUUGUUGAGAGUUCACCUCGAGCUGCCAGGUUAAAUGUGGACAGUAACUGCUCUCUGAUCAUCAAGAACAUCACUGCUGAGGAUGCUGGAGGUUACACCUGUCGACCUGGUUCAGGAACCACCAUAGAUGGCAGUCUGCUUCUGAGUGUCUUGACCAUCUCUCCAUCUCCACCAGAGGAUGAUCCAACAAAGGAUGGAGAUGUCACAUUAAACUGUUCUCUGGAGAGAUUCAGUGGGUUGAAUCCGUGUCCAAAGAACAGCUUCCUCUGGGUGGAUGAGACAGGAACUGGGCUGACUGGUGAAGGUGUUGGGUUCAAGUUAGAACCAAGGAGAUGUGCUUCCUCUCUAACUGUGCAGCAUCAGAGUGGCAACAACAGAACAUACACCUGCCGGUUUGUUGUAAAGAACAGCGUGAAGGUAGAAGCUCACUACACUGCUGUGUUUAAAGGUAUCAAAGGGAAGCCAGUCCAUAUCUACCACAGAGCUGCAGAUGAUGCUGUUUUGCCCUGUAAAAGACCUUCAUCAUAUCACUCAUGUUCCUCAGUUAACUGGCUGUAUACUAGAACAGAAAACAUGGUCAGUCAACCAGAAGUUCAGAAAGGAAACGUUGUUCAGAGUUCAUCUCGAGCUUCCAGGCUGAGUGUGGACAACAGCUGUUCUCUGAUCAUCAACAACAUCACUGCUGAGGAUGCUGGACGUUACCGCUGUCAGCUUUGGGAUGAAGGCAGCUUUAACACAGAUGUGUAUUUAAAUAUAAUGAGCAUUUCUCCAUCUCCACCAGAGGAUGAUCCAACAAAGGAUGGAGAUGUCACAUUAAACUGUUCUCUGGAGAGAUACAGUGGAUUGGGUCCGUGUCCAGAGAACAGCCUCCUCUGGGUGGAUGAGACAGGAACUGGGCUGACUGGUGAAGGUGUUGGGUUCAAGUUAGAACCAAGGAGAUGUGCUUCCUCUCUAACUGUGCAGCAUCAGAGUGGCACCAGCAGAACAUACACCUGCCGGUUUGUUGUAGAGAACAGCGUGAAGGUAGAAGCUCACUACACAGCUGUGUUUAAAGGUAUCAAAGGGAAGCCAGUCCAUAUCUACCACAGAGCUGCAGAUGAUGCUGUUUUGCCCUGUAAAAGACCUUCAUCAUAUCACUCAUGUUCCUCAGUUAACUGGCUGUAUACUAGAACAGAAAACAUGGUCAGUCAACCAGAAGUUCAGAAAGGAAACGUUGUUCAGAGUUCAUCUCGAGCUUCCAGGCUGAGUGUGGACAACAGCUGUUCUCUGAUCAUCAACAACAUCACUGCUGAGGAUGCUGGACGUUACCGCUGUCAGCUUUGGGAUGAAGGCAGCUUUAACACAGAUGUGUAUUUAAAUAUAAUGAGCAUUUCUCCAUCUCCACCAGAGGAUGAUCCAACAAAGGAUGGAGAUGUCACAUUAAACUGUUCUCUGGAGAGAUACAGUGGGUUGAAUCCGUGUCCAGAGAACAGCCUCCUCUGGGUGGAUGAGACAGGAACUGGGCUGACUGGUGAAGGUGUUGGGUACAAGUUUAGACAGACUGGAUGUGUUUCUUAUCUCGAUGUGAAGCUUCAGAGCAGCAGCAACAGAAGAUACAGCUGCCAGUUUGUUGAGGGAAACACAGUGAAGAUAGAAGCUCACUACCCAUCUGUGCGUGAAGAUGUUCCUGUCAACACCAUCAUCAUCAUCCUUGGAUCAGUGAUCGUGGUUCUGCUGAUUCUGGUUGUUCUUGUUGCUGUUUUUAUCAAACUCAGGAAAACCAGAGUUAAAGAGGAUCACAGAACCACAACAGAAAAUCAAGAUUCAACCCAUGAAAGUCUUGACCAUGCUGGUGUGCAGAGUAACCUGACCUAUGCCACUGUUGACCAUUUUAAUCACAAAACCUCUCAGAGGUUAAAGGUCAAACAGGAUGAAGACACUGUGACUUAUUCUGCUGUCAGGACUAAAAAGAAGAGAGAGGCGGACAUCGAUCCCAGCGGUCUCUACAGCUACAUCACUAAGUCACAAUUAACCAAAUAGGGAAAUGAGACGUCUCAUCACACCCCCAGCUUUUAAUAAACCUGUUUACAGGAAGUGAACCGUUGGGUUUGAGUGUCAGCGACACCAUUAUCAGGCAUUAAUUUAUAGUUUGUGUUGCAAUUUGUUUUUUCUGUUGAAUUUAGGUGAUUGUAAUCGUUAUGAUAGAGCUUUGCUAUAUUUGUAAAAUUUGUUGGCUGCAUGUACUAAAACUGAAAAGGUGCAACAUGAAUAUUUAGUAAGUGGUUUAUUAAAACACACGUGUAAACAGAACUGGAAAUAUUCAAAGGUAAUUUACCCUUGAUGAUACAAUGAAUACACCAUCAUUCUGUAAAAUAAAACUUUCUACCAUCAAAGUAGAACCAAACUCAGGUGCUGUUAGUCAGUUUAUGGUUGAAGGCACUGAGCUGCACACCUGACCAGGUCGCAUUUUAUCUUCUGAACACAUUCAGAUUUGAAUUUUCUGGAUUUUCAUUCAAUUGUCCCGAGUUUUUAAAACAAAUUCUUCAGAAACUUUCCGCAAAACAUGUUACUAAAUCCUUCAAGCUUUUACAUGUUUCACUGCUAUGUAACUGUACUGGCUUCUUAUUACCUUCAGAGUCCACUUUGAUGAUCUCAGUUAUGACUUGUAGAGCUCUACAUGGAUAAGCCACUCCAUGCUUCAGGCAGUUGGUCGGUUUACUGACUGAAGCUGAGUGCUCCCCUGAAGCAAAUGCACUUCUUUUCCUUUAGCUGACUGGUUUUAUACUUUUGUUCAUGUAGCAGUACUUUUAAAAGUCUGCAAGAUAUACAUUUGAAUUGAUUUUAACAGAGGGACUGAAAUUUGUCAUUGAUAACCACUGUGUAGUAUUUAGUUUACAUGAAAAAUAUUAUUUUUAGUGUAUACAUUUUGAAUAAUUUUGUAAAAAGAAAAAUACUGAGAAAGGGUUGAAAGAAUAAAACUAUUGAAAACA